UCUACAGCGCAGUCUCAGUCGCGGAGGGCGGCUGAGAGGAGCGAACGGGUCACGUCUGCAGAGUGCAUGCGCCCGGCCCCCAGGUGUGAUCAGCAUUGGAAAAGAUGCCAGCCCCAGCUGCCACAUAUGAAAGAAUAGUUUACAAAAAUCCCUCGCACCACUACAUGAGAGUCCACCUAGAAUUUCAAGAUCAUGGCAUUGGACUGAAUGCAGCAGAGUUCAAACAGCUGCUUAUUUCAGCCCUGAAGGACCUGUUUGGAGAGGUUGAUGCUGCUUUACCCUUGGACAUUCUAACCUACGAAGAGAAGACCUUGUCAGCCAUCUUGAGAAUAUGCAGCAGUGGUCUUGGCAAAUUGUGGAGCUCUUUGACCCUGUUAGGAUCCUAUCAGGGCAAGAAAUGUGCUUUCAGAGUGACCCAGGUUUCUCCAUUUCUCCUUGCAUUAUCUGGUAACAGUAGAGGACUAGUAUUGAAUUGAAUAGUCUUCAAUUUCAGAAGUAUUCCCCCCUCUCAGAAGUACCUUUUGGCACCAGCAUAAUGUUUGAAGACUGAAGCAGCCUAAAAGCUCCUGCUGGUGGAAUUUGAGACCUCUGAAGAUGCUCCCAGUAAUUUCCAGCCAUCGCCUUCGGUGGCUUCAGAGGAGUAUCUGCCUGAACCAAGCAGUGCUAAACAGGCAGCACUUACAGCAUGUGCACAUCAGAGUUGGAGACCGGGCUGAACUCAGUAGGGCCUUCACACAGAGGGAUGUGGCUAUCUUCUCAGAAUUAACAGGGGUUGUCAAUCCUUUGCAUUUGGAUGAAGAUUUUGCAAAACACAC